AGCAGCAGCAACAACAACAACAACAGCAGCAGCAACAUUUUAGGGAUCAGCAACAACAGCAACAACUAACAAUGGCAGCCGCCUCGCGCAUGGCGUAUUUCAAUGCACACGCAGCUGUGGCCGCUGCUUUUAUGCCCCAUCAGCUGGCCGCUGCAGUGCAUCAUCAUCAUCAUCAUCCGCACUCACAUCCGCAUUCGCAUCCGCAUACGCAUACGCAUCACCAUCCGCAUCAUCCACAUCAGCAUCACACGCAACAGCAGCAGCAGCAGCAGACGCCACAGCCGCCGCCGCCGUUGCCAGCAGCAAUGCCAAUGCCACCGCAUCACCCGCUGCUGCAUGCGCAGGUUACAGAUCGAAUAAUCGGCAACUGGUUUUGUCACCUGCACGACACACACACACACACACUCACACAUACACAGAAUCACCUAUACAAGAGGCGACGAGAGCCGCUUAGUUUGCAUAAAAAAGAAAUUAAUCAACGAGCCCAUCAGACACACACACACGCACACAUAGACAACGGCUCAAGCUGCAGCUUUUGAGCCACUUCAUUCCACCUCCAACUCUCCACUCAAGUUGAGCUGCUAAUUGCAAUGGCAAUUGCUUAUAUAUACAUACAUGCAUGUGUGUGUGUGUGAAAGAGAAGCGACAAACACUGUCACAGUGGAACAAUUG